ACGAAUCCGCGUGGAGAAUCCCCAAAUCUCUGCCGAUGCGGCCGCCAUCGCCGCCGCGGCCGCUGGCCUUCCCGACCCUGGACUCCCUGGCGGCGUACCUCAAGCCGCGCCUUCCAGGCCCCGCGCUCGCCUCCUGGGGCACGGCGCCGGGGACGAAGAACCUCCUUAACCUCUUCCUCGAGCUCUCCUGCGGCGACUGCACGCUCCUCCCCGCCGCCGCCUCCUCCCCUCCCGCGGCUCUCGUCGUGCGCGCCGUCCACGUGGCCACCGUCCGCAUCCGCAACCGCCGGGGCGCGCUGCUCGUCGAGACCCGCCAGCUGCUCUCCGACGGCACGCUCCGCCGCCGGGGGCCCCGGCCGCUGUCCGAGAAGAUGCGCCCGGGGGAAACCCCUGAGGCCGCCGCCGCCCGCGCCGUCCGCGAGGAGCUCGGCGAGCUCGUCCGUGUCCGGAUCUUGGGCCCGGAGGCGGAGCCGCGGCGCGUGGAGGAGCGGGAUUCCGCGUCCUACCCUGGCCUCCCCGCCAGGUACGUGCUGCACGCGGUGGACGCCGAGGUGGUCGAGGGCGUCCCCGAGGACGGGGAGUUCGACACGGAGGAGGCCGGCGAGGGCGAGGGCCACGACGGCGGAGGCGUGGCCAUCACCGUGAAGCGCCACUACUGGGCAUGGAUCGACGACCAGGAGGACCACAGGGACGCCGGCGCGCCGGCCGCCGAGGCCGAGGCCGUCGCUGCGCAGUAGAAAAACGUCUCCCGUGCUCGCACGAACAAUUUGGUGUCAUUUCGCUAUAAUCGGGGGGCUUUUGCCCCUGAUCAUCUUCGCUAUAAUGUAGUGCUAGUACUUGUAUUUAGUUCUCAUUUUCGGUGAAAUUUCAGAACACUCUGUCAAUUCAGUAGGUACUGACUGAAAGAUUGGCCUUUGGGUUAAACUAUCCGGGUGACACGCGAAUUCAAGCCAAAAUCAAGUACACGUGAAUUCA